AUGAAUAGAUAUACAAUUCUAAUAACAAUACUACUAUGCUUGCAAGUGAUUUCUGCUUUUGAAGUAGUUCCUCAUGAAGAAAUCGCUACCGUUGAAGCCACCAAAUGCUUUACCUAUAACGAUACUUUCAGUGCCAAUCUCUUUUUUUCUACCACACAAGAUCUUAUUGAGAGUACCUCAACAACUCCUUACAUUUUCAACGCAAACAUUACUAUUAUCAAUAUUAAUUAUAAUGGAGUUCAAUACAAAACAGAAGUAGGAUAUACUCUCAACUUGAUUUUUACAACCAUCACCUCCCAAAACAGUUAUUACAAUCAAGUAUUUGAUAAUUUAUCUUUUAAAAUACCUCCAGGAGCAAUUCCAGCUAUCCAAAUAGGUAUAUUUAUAUAUGAUAAAUUAUCAGUUUUAUUAAACAACACUCCAAUAGUAGCAUGUAAUGAUUUAGAUGAAGGUACCUCCCCCGCUUUCCAAUCAAGUUUGGGAAAGAACGAAAACACAGAAUCAUCACCGACUUCUAUCCCUGUAUCGCCAACAAAUUGUCCUGAAAUAGUAUCUUUAAAGUGUCCAAGUGGAUAUUUCUUUGUUAUUGACAAAAAAACGAAUGAAAAUGAAUGUCCUACAGGAAGAUGUGUACAAUCAAUGAUUCCAGAUUCAAAACUUCCAGACCGUUUGAAUUGGUACGGAUAG